AAGACGGUCAACCCACUCUCCAGUUCCCCCGCGAUGGAGUUGCUUCCGGAGACCCUAGUCUGUUUCUUCCUUGUUCUUCUUGUUCUUCCUCCCCCUUCGUCUUGUGCUACAGAGAGCCCGACGUCCAUCGUCUUCACCACCUACGCCAGGUCUAACUAUGCCUUCGACAUCUUCACGGUGCCCCUUCUGUCACCAGACUUCCAUGUUGAUUCCAGCCUGGAGGUUCAGGCCACCGACGGUAUAUCCGUCAACUACAAUGGCUUCUUCUACAGGGACUCUUUGCUUUACGUCUCCGAGCGAGGUGGGACGCCCGCAAUCUACCUCUCCUCAGACCCCAGCUCCGCUAACGGUCGAAGGUCCGCCAUCGAGGAGGUUCGAGCGGCAUUUCCGGUCAUACGGUCGCCCGGAAAAGGCGAAAUUUCUCUGCAGGACCGGCCAUCUGUCGCGGGAGAUCGGCUGAUUUAUGUGUCCACGGAAACUCCAGCUAGGGCUUUGAGGCAGAGCUGGGCGGCGGUGUACUCGAUGCAUUUGGAGACUCUGGAGAGAAGAAGGUUGACGCCCGAGUCGGUGGCCGACUUUAGCCCGGCGGUGUCUCCGUCCGGUGAGUGGACGGCGGUGGCUUCGUGUGGCGAGCGAGGGUGGUUGGGAGAGAUCGAGGAGCUGUCGACCGACAUUUAUCUUUUCAAGACAUCCGACGGCUCCGGUCGAUUCAAGCUCGUCGAAAACGGCGGGUGGCCGUCGUUCGCCGACGACUCGACCGUUUACUUCCACCGGAAAGCCCAUGAUGGGUGGUGGAGUAUCUUCCGGUCGGUUUUCCGUUGUCCCCAUUCUCCCCGAAUCGAGAGAGUGACCCCUCCCGGUUUCCACGCCUUCACCCCUGCUGCGUCUCGCGGGGCGAAGUUCAUCGCCGUGGCGACUCGGAGACCCGGCUCGGAGUACCGUCACAUAGAGAUCUUCGACUUGGUCAGGGGAGAGUUCAUCGAAGUGACGAAGAAUAUCUCCCCAGCGAAGGACCACUACAACCCGUUCCUCUCAGACGAUUCUCUUCGUCUCGGGUAUCAUGGAUGCAGGGGUCCAAACCCGAGUCGGGGAAGCGGGGAUCGGCUUUUUCUGGAGAACAUAAAGAGCCCGAUACCUUCAGUCUCUAUUUUCCGUAUCGACGGCACGUUCCCGGCCUUCUCGCCGGACGGCAAGCGAAUAGCUUUCAUUCCUAACCUGCCGGAACCGAGCAAGCUCUCCGUCGACCGAAACGAUUCGCGACUCCGGAGCUCGAAAGGGUUCACACCUGAUGGACCGGGCGUGUACGUCGUGAACCGAGAUGGAUCGGGAAAGCGAAUGAUAUCGGAUGAGUUUUCGUUCGGGGCAGCGUGGGACUACAAACGGAGGAACGUGGUGUACACGAGCGUCGGCCGUGCGUUCGGGUCCGAGUCGACGUCCGUGGAUAUAGUCUCCAUCACUUUCUCCGAUACCGAUACGGACCCCAAGAGCUCGAAGAUCGUCACGCUCGCCAGUGGAGGAAACAAUGCCUUCCCCUCCCCGUCGCCGGACGGCAGAUUCCUGGUCUUCCGCUCAAGCCGCUCCGGCCACAAGAACUUGUACGUAACGGAUGCAGUCAAUGGUGAGCCCGGCGGACUGUGGCGGUUGACCGAGGGGGAGUGGACCGAUACGAUGUGCGUGUGGUCUCCUGAUGGUGAGUGGAUCGCCUUCUCGUCGGACCGAGACGAGCCGGGCAGUGAGAAGUUCGAACUUUAUUUGAUCCAUCCAAAUGGAACGGGUCUAAGGAGGCUCUUGCCGAACCGGAUCGGAGGCAAAGCGAACCACCCUGGGUUCAGUCCAGACUCGGCGAGGUUGGUCUUUGGGGCGGACUAUGCUGCGGUCUCGGCUGAGCCGAUCUCGACCCCACAGCAAAACAUGGUUCAUGGCGAGGUUUUCACAGCUAAGUUGGAUGGGUCCGAGCUGAGACGGAUCACCCACAACUAUUAUGAGGACGGUGCCGCGGCCUGGGGACCCGGUUUUAUCGAACCGGUUGAUGUGGUUGACCGAGAUCCGAUUGAGAAAGCUGCCAUCUGUGACUUUGAUGACCUCCGGUGGUUCGAGCACAUGACCGGCGCAGGAAACGACGGGACAAGUGUGACCCGUGCGUCCCGAUGUGGAUAGGGGGGUCUUUGUCGAUGUAGAGAUUUCGGGUCCUGGAUCGUUGUUCAAGUUCGGUCCGUUUGUCUAAUAAGGUGUCUUUUGCUUAUGGGCUUCGAGUAUUAGUAGCCAGACUUGAAAAUUUGGAGCAUGGCUUACCAGCUCCAUUUGCUGUUGGGUAAUUUUAAUAAAGCAAAAUUCCACUUUGGCUUA